GUGGUUGAAGAUUUGAGUGGGAAUUCUUUACUUCGAUCUAAAACGAUAUUUUGUAUUUCAUAUUUAUGUUAUAAAACUAAUUUAAUUUUUAAAUUAACGAAAAUUCAUUAAUUAACAUUGAGUAUUAUGGGUCGCUCAAUGGACUCGUCAGACUCUGACGAUACAAAAGACUCAUCAUCAUCAAAAAGGCAGCAGUUAAAAAGUGGUACGACAAGAAAAGGAGAAAAGUCGUCCAAGAAAAGUCACCGAGACCGAGAUUCGUCCACCAGGGACAAAAGUGACCGUAAUAGCAGACGAGAACGAGACAAAGAUAAGGAACGAUCUUCUAGACGAGGGCAUCACAGGAAGAGAUCGUCGUCGGCAGAUUCAGACGAGGCGGAUCAAGAUUCCAAGUCGAGGUACGAAAGAUCUCAAAAGUCGUCAAAGUCAAAGUCGAGUAGGAGUGGCAGCAGUAAACGAAAGAAACGAAGCAGAAGUCGUAACAGAGGGCGAAGUUCAUAUCAUCAUCGUUCAGAACAGGAACACAAAAGCAGUAGUUCCAGGCGAAGGGAUCGGUCUUCUAGUUCAAGUUCAAGUGAUUCGUCACGGUCAAGUUCGUCUGGUGAGAGGGGAGCGUCGUCGAGUAGUAAGAGAGUAAGUGGUAGAGGGAGGGAUGGUGGGUUAGACAAACCGUCAAAAUCGGAGAAUCUUACGUCUGCUGCUUUAUUAGCAAAAAUUGAAGGUAGGAUAGCAAAAUUAGACCUGGCUGAGCAAGUUAAUCGAAUAAACGCGAUUGAAGAAAUUGAUAAUGAAGGAUUUGCUCCAAAGAGUUUCAAAACGUCGCGAGCCCCAAAACCCGAAGAUAUCCCGUUACCACCCAUGGAACUAAAAUCCAUUACUUUGGCCAGUUUGAAAAACGAGAUCCUUUGUCAUCCGAGCCUCGUCAUAUCUCAAAAACAACGCGAAGAGCAAUGGAUAAAACGCCUAUUUUCCUUACGACAAAAGCUAUUUGCUUCGGAUGGAGAGAAAAUUUCUAAUUUUUAGAUUUUGGAUAAUAUGUAUGUAUCGAUUCGUUGUAAUUUUUAUUUUUUAAUAAUAUUUGAUUAACAAGAA